GCGUUCGGUUCUUAUGAGACACUCCUUAUAUGGAAGAAUGUAGGCGGGGCUUCAAUACUGUCCCGUUUGAAGAUUUCAGCUUAUUCGGAGACACAGAUUCAUCAAAAAGAGAGCUAUUUUGUCCUGCGCAAUGCAAAUUUUCGUGUGUUUAUUGUGAUGAGGCUUGGCUAAAUUUUUCGUUCAACUCGUAAUGGUGUCCUCCAUUCUUUGAAAGUUCAAAGGAAGUUCAAGAUUUCGCCACAAUUUUCGUUUAUGAUAGGAUCUAUGAGCAGCCAAAAACUCUUCUGACCUUUCGUUUGAGCGUGUGUUGUAUUUUUGGAUCGUCAAAAUGUCGCAGGACAUGCAAGAACGGAAAGGUACACAGGUAGUGCAUGUGAGGGAAAACAGUGGAAAUGAACUUGAAGCACUUUUUCAAUACGCAGCUAACCCAAACUCCGAACUCGGGGGACAAAUUCCCUUCCGUCAAAGAAAAUUACCCGAGUCGUUUUUUCAUGAGCCAAAAUCUUCCCGACCUGGUCAUAUGAAACAAGGUAGCAAUGACUCGACAGGUUUUCCUGGACAAAUGAACCCCGGCAUGGGGGCUCACAUGAGGGCACACUCCUCGCCCGCCACCCUACAACAAAGUCUUUCGGCGGUCCCUCAGCCUCCCAGCCACGCCAGACAGCGCUCUUGUGAUGCCCUGUUGGAUCCCAUAGAAAGUGAACCCCUUCCCCCAGGUUGGGAAAUGGCGAAAACUCAAGAUGGACAAAGAUAUUAUUUGAAUACAUCAGAAAAGAAUUUAUAUAAGAUAGACAAAGGCAAAGAAAUGUUAUUGCCAAUGGACAAUGAAGGUCACUUAACCCAGAUCACCACCUGGCAAGACCCCAGGAAAGGCAGCUCUAACGCCCUCAACAGUCGCACACCGCCCAACUCCCAGUCCCCCAACGUGUCUCUCCAGAACCUGGGACCCCUCCCACACGGGUGGGAACAAGCCUCCACCCCCGAGGGGGAUAUCUACUUCAUCAACCACAUAGAACGCACCACGAGUUGGUACGACCCACGCAUACCUGAACAACUUCAGCAGUUACGACUCAGCACCUCCCAACCCCAAAGUGUUCAACAACAGGUGCAGAGACAGAUGAACGCGCGGAUGGGACAACCCCCUCCCGUGCAACCCCCGGUCAACCGAAUGGGUGCGAAAUCUCCAGCCUCAGUUCAGUUCUCAAAAAUUCAGAUGGAGAAAGAAUUACUGCGCAAGAGGCAAGAAGACCUACAGCAUCAGGAAAUGUUACUGAGAGCGCAGAUGCAGCAGCAGCAGAUACACGAUAACCCGCCAACUUCUCAAGGCAUUGUGAUAUCCCAGUCUAUGGAGAUGACAACGGUGGCCGACCCAUUCCUGGGGCAGUCCAACGUGUCAGCCAAUCACAUCAAGCAGGAGAGUUCCGACAGUGGCGUCGGAGGUAUGGGUACGGGGACUCCAUAUGGCCUCUCUCGAACUCCUGAAGAUUUCCUAAGUAACGUCAGCGAAAUGGAACAAGAUGGAGGAGGACACAGACACAGUGAAUUCAAUAAUAUGGACAUUGGGAACAUUGGAGGGAAUGAAGAGAAUAGCAACAUGGACAGUGAAGAUCUGGUCCCCAGUUUGCAGGAAGACAUCAGUAAUGAACUGUUGAAUGAUAUGGAAAGUGUGUUAAACGUCAAUAAACUGGAUAAUAUUCUGGCUGGGGACAAUUCACUUACUUGGCUGUGAAAUCGAAACAAACUCCAUAUUCCAUGUUGCAUCUCUGAAUCCUCUGUCACAUGACACAAGGUCAUGUGACCUCCAGUAGCAGUGUAAGAGGACUCUUAUGUACUGCCAAACCAAUGUUGAACUGUCUUAGUGAAAGCGUUAUUAUUUUUUCAAUAGAAAAAAAAUUUUUGUUAGAAUAUCAGGGAAAAUGAGAAAGAGAAAUAAAAGAGUUAUAUUUUGUACUCCUUUCAUCUUUAUCAAUAUUCAUUGACCAUGUACUCACAUUCUAUUGUUUGUGUUCCAUGCCAUUUUUUUUUCGAUGCCAGUGUGUAUUGAUUUAUAGAUAUUUUUUUAAUGACAAUAGUGCAAAGACAUACACCAGUAGAACUGCAGUGUUUAAUAGAUCAGUAUUGUUCUACAUGAACGAUAAAAUACUAGUAACCAGAAGUUCGAUCAAGGUAUUUUUUAUAUAUAUCACAAAAUUUAAGCAGGUAGAAUAUUGCUUGAACAAAUUUUGAAAAUCAAAAUAAUCAAACUACAACCAAAGAGUCUGUUCUGAAUGUCAUGGCAUAUGUAAAUAUUUGUGAAAUUAUUUUGUUUGAAUAGCAUUGUCAAAUAUUUAUCAUUGUUACUAUGUAAAAGAAAGAGUUUGUUGAAAUAUCAUUACUGUAAUUUUUGUCCCUUUUAUUUAGUAGGUAUUUGCACGGAGAAAAAACUAUUUAAUUGGUCUAUGCACCCUAUAUUUAAGAAAUUUUUAACCGAGUUAUUAUUAGUUUAUGGCGUUAGCUUAUUGGCUACCAAUGUGAUAAAUAACUGUUGUAAACAAUUUUUGGGUUGAUCCUUUGUAUAUAUAUAUAAAUAACUUCGACUGUCUUUCUGUAUGAAGGGCUAUAUAGUGUUUAUUUACAUUUUAUGAUAUAUCAUUGUUUUUGGAAUGAAAUUUUUGUUUUGUUUAUUUUCAGUAUUUCAUUCAUUAUUUUAACAAUGGUAUUUUUACAUAGUUUUUAUAAAAAUUUUAGCUGAAUAGGUAAAAAAAAAAAACCCUUAAAUUUUUGGUCCUGCAUCCUGCCAAAUACAAAAAAAGAAAGAGAAAGAAAGAAACUUGAUUUGCACAUAGAGUUACCAGUACCUAUAUGCUUUUCAUGUUAUAUAUUAUAUGUUUGAUGUUUUUGUAAUAUGUGACAGUUGUGGAAAUUAUGGCAGCGAUAAAGGUGAACAAAUUGAUAUUAUUUCAUUUAAUUGUCAUGAAAACGGACAACUAGAUACAUCUGCUAUAGUUCUGUGAAGAAAUGGUUUGAACAUGAUUACUGAAACUGGAGAUUUGACUCCCUUUCUGCUGUUCUUUUUGCCUUAAUAUGCAUGUGAUAUUUGAUUUGUCCCUGUGAUAGUUCCGAACGCAUUACAAAACAGUCUGUCCUGAAGUAUCAUCCAAUAACUUUUCAUUUUGCACAAUGUCAUGAACAUAGAUUUUUAAUCAAUAUUAUGAGAUACGAGUGCUGUUUUCUUUUCGAGGUUGUACAAAUUACUAUUUUAUUGUCAUGCCGUGAUGCUUAGCGUAUGCAAUAAGGGAUAUCCUUGGACAUAAAGGCAUUUUUUGAGGGACCUUUCCUAUCUGACCAUGGUUGGAUAGGAGUUGAGUAAAGUGAGAAAAAUAAGUCUUGGACAGAAAGGCAUUUCAACCAAUUGGAGAAAUAGACUUUGAAUAAUUAUGUUCCAGAAUUGGAACCAAGGAAGAUAGUCUGGUGAAGGAUUAUGGUUGGUUAAUGUUUAUUAAUUUUUUGUACUGUAGAAGAGGCAGAAAGGUAAUCGAGCUCCAAGAUGUAUUUUGCGGGGCAAGAUCUUUUUUACACCAAUUGUUCAUGAGCAUUGUAGAUCUCUCAUUGCCUAGUGUUCUAAGUGGAGCAUUUUGUCAUUCAUUUUAUUUUUCGUUGUUGCCUAUAUUUCUGACAAUUGUGAGAGGUCACUGACGAAUGAACCUUGUCCACUAGGGUGACAAAAUUUAUAACCUUUAAAUAUUAUACUUCCAUGUUGUGUCUGUUGAGCUGUUUUUGUCAAAUUUUAUUUUGGUACACACAUUUUGAUAAAUACCAUGUUCUUUGGACAAUUUUUUUUUGUACACGGUAUAAGGCAGAGCCACGAACAUACAUUCCAAUGUCCUUAUCAUUUGUAUGCUGAAAAAAUUCAUGCCUAAAAUUGCAUUUCUCUCCUCUCAGGCUUGUAUUGAAGGAAAGUAUUUGGUGUCCGCCAAGCCCAAGUUUUAACAUGUCAUUGCAUCAAAGUGGUGAUUUUUUUUUAUACUCAAAAUGGUACGUGUCUUGGGAGAACAAUAUUUAGAUUUAUGAAUAUUGAUGUAUGCAAAAGUGCAAAAUAAAGUUUUAUAUGUACCAUUAUAUAUAUAUAAAAUAGAUUUUUGCGCAUUUAUAUUAACAUGCAGUUGAAAGUGCUACAAGUAUAAAAUGAUUAUUUAUGAUGUUAUUUUUAUGACAAUUCAAACAAAUGCAAUGAUAGGCUUCACUUUGUUAAUUACCCAUUUAUUGACUCUGUGGAGAGCUGAGCCUGUUUUAUGAUCAUAGUUUAUCUUAUAUAUAGCAUAUUCUUUACCAUAAUGUUUUCUUUUGUAUUAAAAAAAAAUAAUAUCAUUCUUCAUGUAUAGCGAAUCUUUAUAGAAUAACAUAUGAAGAUCUCAAGAAGCAAAGUAAAUGAAGUGUAACAGUGGUUUUAUAUAUGUAUCUGGUGAGACUGACAUUGAAUUCACUGAUUAUAAAGAAUGGCCCCGAAAGGAAAGGUCAUUUACAUUUGUAGAUAAAAUAUAUGAAAAAAGCAAUAAAAAUUGUAUAAAAUAAAA